AUGACACAAGACAAGCCGAUUGUGGAGACAAUUUCAAACGCCGGUGAACAAGUGACAAAUGUUUUUGGACAAUUCUGGCAACUUGUCACCUCGAAAAACACGACGAAUAAUGGAGAUUCAAAACCUAUUAAGAUUGAGCAACUUCCGAUUUAUGCUGAAGAUAAUGCUCCACUGAAGCAGAAAUUCCUUCCAGAAGAGCCACUUCCUCUUCAAAGAGAAUUCGCGACUAUUCGUAUCGCAUGUGAGCAGGAGUAUGAUCGUGUUGCUGAACGCUUCAAAGUUGUCGAUUGUGCGAUGACUCAAACAAAAAAAGCGGCGACCAAAUGCAAUGCAUAUCUGACAGAAGAAUGGACUGCUCUUCCAAAAGCCGCAGCAAUCACCGUUGGUGGAAUGGCCGGAUUCGUUUUAGGCCUGAAACGUGGCCCGGUCGGACGUCUCCUCACCACUACCAUCGGCUUGGCCACGAUGGCCGCCUUUUGUUAUCCGAUAGAGGCUGUUGACGUGGCAAAGACCGGAAGAGCUCAUGCUGAACAAACUUGGUAUUCCUUCCAAGAAUCUCCAACUCCAUCUGCCAUCGUCAAAACUAACUUGAGCCCACCGAAAUAAUUGGAAAAUAAUUGUUUGUGUGUAAAAAAUAUCCACUCGAAUGUCUAGCGGUUUCUUUUUUUGUGUGUGCGCCGAACCCAGUGUUCCUGUAGUAGUGAAAUAAAAAUGCGAUUUU